AUUAGAAUCAUGAAAUUUUUCACUUUUGCUUUGGUUGGUGCCCUUGCUACCAUGGUUACUGCUUUGCCUACUUUUCAAAAAAGAGCUGACUUUAUAAAUGAUGCUGAUGCAUCUUUUUAUAUCACUUCACCUUUAGAUGGCGAGUCCUAUACUGCUGGUUCUGAUGCUACGACAAAAUGGAACAAUGGUGUUCCUGGUCCGUUUACUAUCAUUGUUUUAAAGGGAAAGAAUCCUGAUACCAUGCAACCCACUGGUAUCACUUUAAAUGCUGAAGGUAAUGCUGGAAAAUAUACUUGGAAGAUCCCUGAAGAUAUUCCUGAAGGUGUGUAUGCUUUUGAAUAUCAAUUUACAGAUAACGGUGCUAGUAAGGAAGUGUAUUCGAGUCAAUUCAAAAUCAAGGCUGCCAAGGCAUCUGCUCCUCCUUCUCCCUCUACUCCCUCUACUGUUAAAGACAAUGCUCCUAUUGAAAAAGACUUUGGUAAAGGCGAACAAGACUUGUUUGAUUCAACCUCGGCUGAAGGCACAAAUGAUUACCCAUCAAAUUUUGACCAAGGUUUCAAUAACGGAUUUUAGUUUUCUAUAUUGAAAUAAAUGCAUUUUCUAUUUCAUUUCAUAA